AAGUAUGGCUUAAGACCUUCAUAUAGGAUGUCAGUUUUGGAAAAGGUUGGUUUAUUUGUAUUUGUACUAAGCAAAGGAGCUUCCAAUAGAGAUACUCAAGAGCGUUUUCAACAUUCCGGUGAAACGGUGAGUAGAAUUUUUAAGGAAGUCUUGAGCGCGAUGGAUGGAUUUUCAAGAGAUUUAAUUAUACCAAAAGAUCCAGAAUUCAAGAAUGUUCCAAUACAAAUUGCUAAUGAUGAAAGGUACAUGCCUCAUUUCAAGAAUUGUAUUGGAGCAAUUGAUGGUACGCAUAUUGCAAUAACGGUUCCUGAGGAGGAUCAAUUGCGCUAUAGGGGAAGGAAAGGGAUACCGACGACAAAUGUAUUAGCAGUAUGUGACUUUGAUUUAUUAUUCACAUAUGUAUUAACAGGUUGGGAGGGGUCAGCUCAUGAUUCACGCAUUUUCUUAGACGCAAUCAACAAUCCAGCUCUAAAAUUUCCAAAGCCACCAAGAGGAAAGUAUUAUUUGGUGGAUAAAGGUUAUCCUGAAAGAGAUGGAUAUUUAACUCCCUACCCCAAGACGAGGUACCAUCAGUCAGAGUUCCGUGGUGCAAAUCCGAAAGGAGUUCAAGAGAUUUUUAAUAGAGCACAUUCCUCUUUAAGAAGUUGUAUCGAGAGAGCUUUUGGUGUUCUUAAAGCUAGAUGGAAGAUAUUGCAAAAAAUGCCAAGAUACUCACUAAUGGAUCAAAACAAGAUAAUUUGUUCAUGUUUUGCAUUGCACAACUACAUCAGGAGAAGCACAAUAGUUGAUCCAGGCUUUAAAUUUAUUGAUGAGGAUCCUGAAUUCAUACCUCCGGAUGUAUUUGAAGAUGUUGAAGGGGGUGCUGCACAAGAUGAUGCAAACAUUCGAAGUCAAGAAAUGAGAGUUAUCCGUAAUAAUAUAACUUCUAGCUUGAUGGAAGCUAGACGCAUUCAUAAAUAAUUGUGACCAUCAUUACUUUAUUUUAAGCUAAACUAAGUAUGUAAAAUGUUUGAGACGGGGUUUUUACUUUUUAUUAGUAUUAAUGAACUGUUUGAGACGCA